AUUUCGUCCUUUUUUGAAAAAUUGUCUCCCUUCCUGAAUUCCAAUUAAAAUUUACGUAAAUAAUUUGCAAGUUAAAAGUUGACACAAAAAAGAGUGUAUUUCAUUCGAAAAAUUUAAAAUUCGUUUGAAAAAAUAGUGAUUUUUUAUUUAUUUUUUUUUUUUAUGAUUAUUACAACAUAAUAAUAAUAAGAAAAACAACAACAAAAACAAGAGGAGUACCAAACAACGAAGACAACAACAAAAAUAACAUUGCCAGAUCCCAUUAAGGUCGACAAUGUUUGCGAACAACUUUUACAUUCUACUUGGCAUUGUGUGCUGUUUACAGCAACUCAAUGUGAAUGCCUACCCAACAAUAAAUAUCCGUCGACUAUUUGAUUCAGCUAUUGAAGGCAGAUACAAAAAAAGUGAUAUAAAUUUCCCCCAGUCAGAUGAAGAUGUCCUUGAAUUGGAUCACUUGAAACACGACGAACAGCCAACUACGGCCGAUGAAUCCAAUGAAGAAGGUGAUAUCCAUUUCGAAAUUCCAUCCGUCAAUGCUGCGCCAGAAUAUCCAGUUGGCCAAGCAUCAGCAACAGCAGAAGAUACUCCAAUCAAUCCAACAGAUUUAUUACCCGAACUAGAGCAGCAAUUGGAAGAGAUGACAACGGCAAAAACGAGUAUCAUUAAUAACGCUGCUGGACAAAAAGAGGGUGAACAAACUCCCGAAGGCAUAACGCAUCAUCGGCCACCAAUGCUACCCCAUUAUGAUGGUGGUAAGGUUGGUAGUAACCAACAACAACCAAGUUCAACACAAACAGCUUCUGGAACAAACGAAGAAUCAAUUGGGACAGGAGAAGGCAAUGUGAAUUCGCCAAUUUUGACCAAGCCUUUCUAUGGAGCUGCACGUUUAGCUUUCGGCCAAAAUCCAGAAGUUCCAUCGACAACAACCACAACUACCUCUACAACCACAACCGUUCCCACAACAAUAACAUCAUCUCCAACAACAAAUGAAAACAUUCCCGAGUCAAUUAUCACAUCACCGCCAUCGGCGCAAUCAAUUGAAACAUCCGCCAUGCUACCACCAGCAGAUGAUUCCGUUUCCGAUUCUAACAAGGAACAGGUCAAUCCACCGGCAAGCAUCAGUAAAAACAUUGACGACGAACAUAAUUCUAAUCUGUCGCCUUCGUCGUCUACGUCCUCAUCAUCAUCAUCAUCGUCUGUCGUAAAUUCCAAUGAAAAAGAACAAGUUGGUGACACUUUUGUUCCACAAUUGGAAGCCACAAAGCCGGGACCGGAACGUCGUUCAAUGAACGUGAUGCCUUUAAAGACAGCCGAAAAUUUAUUAAAACACAAAGAUGGACAGUAUUCGUCGUUUGAUAUGGCGCAGUAUGUAUUUUGGACUGGUGAUGAGGCUGGAGUAGCAAGGGCUGUUGAGGAAUUCAUUGAACAAGGUUUGAUGUCCAGAGAAAAUGCUAUCAAAUUUUUGCGUGACAUACGUUUAGGGAUCGAGUACUUGCAAAGCUCUUAUGCCAAUCGUGUAUUCCCUGACCAAUUAAGGGACAAUUUUAUUAAGAAACACUCUCACAAUCCAAUGCCAACUGAGGUUCCAGCUAUGACAACUUCAACUACCACUACAACCACCACAACGACAGCCCCAGAAACAACCAGAAGACCAUUACCAUUGACUACUGAACGAACGAGGUCCUUCGUUUCAAGGGAAUAUCCUGCUGCAGCAGGUAGUGGCCACCAUCAGAUGGCUUUGAAUCAUCAACAAUAUUUGGAGAAGACAAUUGAAAGUAUGCCAUCACGUAUGCGAUUUCAAGAUGUUAACAAUGUUCACCAUCAUGAAAGAGAACGUUCCGAACAUGAUGAAGCAGCUGGUCGUGCCAAGAUAGCGAAAUUCCUUUACACAGAAUUCUCCUUGGAGGAAGUAAUUUAUCAAUUGGGCAAGGUAAUGUUCUCAGAAUCACUAUCCCAUGGUUCGGAUCAAGCUCAACAGGAACUUCAGCGAUUAACUGACUUCUUGGAAGAGGAAGGCAAACAAGGAAUGAUAUCUCCCGAACUGCAGAAGAAAGUCUUAGAUGUUCUACUACAAGCAUUAUCUGAUACCUUGGUUGAGCAUCCUGAACUAUUGGCGGCAGCACGAGCUAAUCUUGGUAGUUCAUUCGAUAAACUUCCAAAUAAUUCUUUAGAAUCAAAGAACUAAACAAAAACAAAAAAAUAUUCAUUUUAUCUAUCCUUUAAUCUCAAAUAAAUAAAAAAUUAAUAGCAACUAACAUCUAAAUUUAAACUCUUAAGGCUAAAAUAUACAUAAAAAAAAUAAAUUAAAAUAUAAAAAUGUAUCAGAGUAUCAAAAAAACAAACAGAAAUAUUAUUAUAGACUAAGGAGAUAUCCAAAAAUGCGAUAAUUUUAUCAAAAAAAAAAUAUAAACAAUUUUGAAAUAGUAUUUACCUAAUAAAUAAAUUAUUAUAAAUUAAAAAAAAAUAUAUAUACAUACAUAUAUUUAAGAUAAUUUACACAAAAACAAAAUUAAAUUAGAAUGAUUUUAUAAACAAAUUAAAAAUAAAUACUCGUGAUCGUAACGUAUAUACAUAUUUAUGUAUAUAUAAUAUUAUUAUACUAUAAAAAAAUAUAUUUAAAUAAAAUUUAAUACCAUUGGCAUUAUAGUAACAUUUUCGAAUACAUAUAAAUAUAAAUACAUAUAUAAAAUAUUAUAUAAAUGUUUACCUUGCAAUAAUAUUUGUUUGUUUAUUAUUUGGAAUGGUAACAGAAAAUGAAAAGUAAAAUAAAAUAAAACAAUGAAAAUGAAUGGCUUUAUGUAUAACCCCGUGUUUUUAUAUAACUUUUAUGACAAUUAAAAAAUUAUAUACGUAUAUCAUUAUUUUAGUUUGUUUUAAAAGAUUUGUUUUUAACUUAGUGCAAUUUAUUUAUUAUUGAAGCCAUGAGAAAUUAAUGAAAAAUAUAACAAUAAGCAAAAAUGAAUGUACAUGAAAUCACUGUGAAAUAAAAAUUAGAUUUUAGGUAA